CCAAUUUAUUUGUCGCAAUAGUAAUAAGGCUCAAUUUGUCCCGUGAGAUUUUCAGAAAGCGGAUGCUGUGCGCGGCCGAGAGCGGGGCUGAAAUAAGGGUGGAUUCACGCCGGAAGGACGCGGCCGCGCGAAACGCGCCGUUCGAUUAUCGUUCGAAAUACCAGACGCAACGUUCCCGAACUUCCUUUAAGUCCUCGGCGACGUCUCUUCCUUCGUUUCGCGGGAAUAUGUAUAUUUGAGGAGGGGUUUGCGCUUCCGAAAAGAAAGAACAGGACGGACCGAAAGAUUCAUGUAGCCACAUCGGGACUUCCCUUAAAAAAUGCGGGAUAUACGCCAGCUAUCGACUCCGCAGUGUAUAUCGCGCUUUCGUUGCCGAGCAACGGAUAAGGAUACAAUGUUCUGAUACGCUUUUAUUUUCUUGCGAACAAUUAUUACGGAACGAUCCUACGCAUGAUACGUUUGUAUUUUCUAACGUUAAUUUUACUGUCGCUACAUCAAAGUGUUCCGUAAGUCCAAACCGAUGUAAAAUUACGUAGGCGAAAAAACUGAGAGUAUACAUUUUCCUGUUUCUCUUUUUUUUUAAUUUGAUACGCAAAGGUGUUCAUGUUCUCGUCUACUUUCAAGCACACCCUGAGAUCGCGCCGCGCGAGCAGAGAUUUCAGCGACCAACGAUUCUGCGGACCAACCGAUCCCUCUGUGAUAUUUUGCCGAAUAGUUUCACGAGAAAGUUCAACAUCCCACGGUGAUUCGCGUUUUUACUAACGGCGCGCCGGGACCAAACAGCCAGCACUCGCCAAGGUAGUCGCGGCGCAGCGAUGUUCAACCUCUAUCAGAGUCUAAACAAGAAGGACGACGGCGACGGGCAGCGGAACCGCGAGUCGGAGGUGACCGGUCACGACAGAUUCUGUCAGCAUCGUACCGGCCACUCGAGCACCCGUCGCCGCCGACGUGCCGUUAAUCGCAGGACGCAGAGUGCCACCGAGCUGAACGCCAGGGCGAUGAGCACGGCGCGGGGCUCGUUGCGACGUGGUCGCAGCGUGAGCACGGAGGACGAGAACGAGAGCGAGGACGACAAGGGCCAUCAGCUGGCGAACAAGCUGGACAAUCUGGCGCGGCUGCUCUUCAGCCGCGUGUCAGCGGCGCGGGGAUACAAGGAUCAGGGAGACGUCAAAAACGGCCGUUACACGGCGCUGAAUCACGGGUCAAAAUCUGUCAGCGAGGAUGGAGUCGAGUACAUGGAAAUGGAGAAGAGAUCCCGCGAUCGUGCUUUAUCAAUCUGCCAGGACUACAUCGGGAAAACGUCGCGCUUCGUCCUCAUCAAGCAGCUGAAUAACAUCGGCUCGAGAGUAGAUAAGUACUGGUUCAUGGUGAGGGACACGUCGCUGAAGACGGACAGACUGUUGACUUUGGUGCCGUUGAUUCGGAGCUGUCCGCUGACCGUCUGUCCCUCCACCAAGGACAUCUUGAACAAUCUGUUCCUGGCCUUACAACAUCCCUACAUCUGUCCUGUCUUUCACGUCGAUUUUCUCGAGUACGAGGACCAAACCUACAUCGUUCUGAUACAGCCCAUCAACCAGGGCAGCCUGAAGGACCUAAUAUACGGCAUCGAGCGAAACUGCUGGAACGAGGACUGGACUCACAAGUAUGCCGCGCGGGGCAAGGGACUCACGCUACCGCAAGUCCAACGAAUGGGACGACAGAUAUUGGAAGCGCUGGUGUUCCUGAAGGAACGGGGAUUCCCUACGGUGACUCAUCUCCAUUCGGGCAACGUGGUGAUUCAGAACGGCGUUGCGAGACUGGCCGGUCUGGAGAACACGCUUCUGGGCUUCACCAGUCGCGUACACCCCGUCGUGACGUCCCGAUUAACGCACGCUACCUCGAUCGAUAUUAUAUGCUUCGGGCACAUGCUGUUCGAAAUGUGCGCCGGCUACGAACUAUGCACCUUCAGACCAUCUGCCGUCCAGCUAUCAGACAUCGAAAUGCAUCCGCAGGUCGUGAGAUUUCUCGAAUUGGUAUUCACGGAAUCGGAAAGUCAUUUUACCACCAUAGAGGAGUUGCUGAUCCACGAUCUCUUCAGGAAUAUCGAUCUCCGUGAGAUGCGAUGUGCGGCCGUAACCGUAUUUCGUCCGACCCUGACACCCUCCAUAAUGAGCCUGCUCGACGGUAUUAAACGGCAAGACGGAAAAGGAAUUACGAGUAUCGACAGCGAGGACGGUGUAUCGCUGAACAGCUUCGACGGAUCCUUACUCACGCAGAUAUACAACGAGCUUUCACAUACGGCUUUAUAAUGUGGGAACAAAGUCUGUACACAUAUAUACGUAUAUUUUAUCUCGAAAGAUGCACGUUCCUAUUAUAUUUGCAAAGUGCCAAGAAAGCAAUUAACCCGACGCUAAUUGUACCAUGUAUUAUAAUAUAAAAAGCAUGUCAUAGAAUUUGUACAAUGACGUAAAAAUGAUUUUGCGCAUUUUCUUGUUUAUCUUCGCGUUUGUCAGACACAGAUGAAGAAAAUUGUAAUUGUCGUUAAAACUAAUUGUUUCUCCUGUUAUUGUAACAAUUCUAGGAUAACGACCUUAGUAGAACCCGAGGAUUAUUUUAGAUUUGUAAUUAGAAUAAUUUUAAAAUAUGAGAAUUACAAUAGAGAAAUGACAAAAAUGAAAUAAAACUUGGAACGGCGUAAAUUGAAUGAAA